AUGGCUCGCGGAUACGGAAUUGCGACUAGUAGAAAGGGACGUAAAAUCAGUAAGUGUUUGGAGACGAUUCGAGAUCUGGAUGCGACUGUCGGCACUUUGCGGGCCAACGUUGAAGACCUGAAAGAACGACUUCAGGCUUUGGUAAACGCACCGAUGGUAGUGGUACGCAGCGGCAGUGGAAGCCGAUCGCGAGUUGCUGAAAUUGGUCAGAAGUGUUGCAUACGUCUACCAGGUCCUCCUCCGUGAUGCAGCUAAAUCCGCACAAGCAAUGGAGGUACAAGUGAAGCCAUGGGCUCCCUCCCCCUUGGAUUUACUCUGGAAGAGGCGAGUAGUUUAGGGACUCACGGAUCUAUUCGACAUAUACCUACCGAUUCCAACCAUUGCUGGCAAGGCUCAUCAGCAGCGCGGUGUAUGACGGCCACCUAGAGUUUGCUGGAAACGUCAACCACACCCGGAAUUAGUCAACUUUUUCCAGUCGCCCAACCCAUUCAUCCUCAUUGAUUGCCAACAGGAAUCUGUGAAGUCGGGUGUCUCGCAGGACAAACCCGCUCAAAGAGAGCUAGCCCUAUACGUAGUCCAGAAACUCCUGCGCAAGGUUACUGCUGUGAAGAAUGGAGAAUUGACUGUGGCCCUCAUCUCGGCCGAUGCAGCAGCACGACCAGAGCUCCAUGAACCGGUCGCCCGGCUGCAGCGAGAAUACCCCGAGGCCAAUCUCUCGCUGAAUACGGUCGAUUCGGCCCAAGGCCGCGAGUUUGACAUCUCCAUCGUCCUCCUAAUUCGAUGGCCAAAGCGGGGGCGCCGAUAA